GGAUCAAGCAAGUGGACUGUAUCAGCUAGGCCUAUCCUUGAAAUGAUCCGGUUGACAUCACUACAAUGAACUGUAAAACAUACUGGAUAUGAUGGGGAUAGUUUCAUGAGUUCAUCCAGUUGUUGGGAUACUGUAACCCUGUUACAUGUCAGAGAGAGCUGAGUCUCGAGACGUUGAUCUAAUUGAAUUGAAUAGAAAUAGAAGCAAACGGGAGCUGGGAAGGGUAUUCAGGGUUCCCCUCGCUCUCAUUUUUUCUCGGACUGUUAUUUAUGACGGACUUGUUUUUGUCAACGGUCCAACACUCGGACUGUCGAAACAAACAGUUUAGACCUGGUAAAGUUGACCCUAGACGUUGAUCUUGGGUCAGUUUCGCAUUUCCCCUGCUAAUGAUUAAUGUUAGGACUGGGGAAGGGGGAGCUGUUGAUCCUACACCAGCCACGUAGCCUACUGAGCGAUGCAAAGAGCUUUUAAACAGUUUCACCCGGCAGUAAGUAAAUCUGACUAAAACGGCAGAAAAUAGCCGUACGAGAUGCGGUGCGUCAUUGUUGCUACUUGGGUCACAGUUGUUGCGCGUCAUAUUCCACACACACGGAGCAGUACUAUUGGUUACAUUUACACUUCGAAAUUCCAUCCUUUGUCCAUUUGGUACAUGGUGGAAUUCGGGAUCAGAGGCCCUGCCACCUCUGGUGCCUGAGGCUUGGCUCUUUUUCCAUCUCUAGCCUAUGGCCAAUUGAGGAUCAUGCUCUUUUAAGAGUUCUUGAUGCCUUCUUGCUUCAUACCUAUUCUCCAAGGGCACCACCUGAAGCCUUCCAGUUUAGUAUAGGCCUAUCACUUUUUUAGUCCAGCCCUCAGAGGCAGGUGCAGCUCACCUUUUUUUCUGCCAAGCAGUCAUAUCAUCAAACAAUGGAGGAAGACUGGAGCUGGAAAGAGGAGACCCAGAAGAAGGUGUCAAGGUUCCUAGUGAAGCUGAGGCUGAAGAAUCCUUUGCAGAUUACUGAUAACAGGUACAGUUCGGAGUCAGAGCGAGCUAACGCUGAAGUUCGCCAGGGGGCAGUCAUGCAGUCUUCAGUAGAGGGCAAAGCUCUCCGCAGCGCGCAAGGAAUUAUCCAUAAUAACUCACCUCAGCACUCCCCACCCACUGGCACUGAUAAGAGUUGCAGAGGGGCAGAGGGAUCUACAUCCCCAGAUAACAUUGACAGCGACAGGAAGAAGAUCAAGUUCCCACUCCUCUUCACCAAGACAGCCGUGGCUGGGACCACCACCAACCCCCUUCUCACUGAGAAUGACCGGCCCAGCGGGAAGCUUUCUGCCAAGGCAGAAAAGGCCCAUAAGACUGUGAUGGUGGCCGGUAUCCCAGAGGAGAUUGGUGUUGGAGCUAAGGUCAUGCAGAAGACCUUACCGGCCAUAUCCAAGUUCAGCUGGUCACGGCCCAGUCCAAGUGAAGAAGAUGACAAAGUCCAGGGCAAAGUCGAAGACUUCCGCAAGACCAAACUAGGUGAACAGAAAGAAGAUAACGUCCCGCCAAUAGCCAAAGAACCCCGGAGAAAAGGGUCCUCCCAUGGAGCAGAGCAAGGCAGAGGCAGGGACUAUAGCAGGAGGAAGGCGCCCCUCUCCUACGACAUACAGCACAGACUCAACCAAGCCAUGACAGAUUCAGACAGACUCAAAGCUAGAGAGAUCACCAAGAGAAGCGGAACCAUCCCCUGCGAGAAUCUCCAGCAAAGGCCCAACCGACAGAAGCCAGAGUUGGAGCGAUUCAAACCCAGGGAUAUCACCAAGAAGAGGGCCAUCAUUCCAUGUGAUGAGCUGCAGCAAAGGCCCCAUCAGCCAAUGCCAAAGCCAGAUAAAGCUGCCCUGGUUAAACUCCCAGCGAUUCCACGGUGGACGGGCUCCAUCUCAUAUGAGGAGUACCAGAAGCUGAACCAGAAGAUGCCAGACAAAACCAUCAACACAGAGGACCUGGAGAAGUUCUUAAACUCACUGGGCAUUACUCAUAUUGAAGACCUGGCAACUACGGUGCCUGACGAUCCCCUGAUCGAUGCCCAGUCUGAUGCCUUCAAAGAAGUCUUUGAGCAGUUUGCAAAGAACAGCGAUGGCUCUCUCAACGAGGAGGGCCUGGCGUCCACGCUGGACAGAGUGGGUAUCAGUAUCAGCCCAGAGGAGGUGAAGAAAGCCCUGCAGAAGGCUGACUACGAUGAGGACGGAGAGGUGGGGUUUCAAGAUUUCCUGCAUGUGAUGGCGGACAGCCAGCGCUUCUCCAAGUGCUUGAAAGCUGAAGGAGCGGACCCAUCCCAGUCUGUUGAGGUGUGUGAGACAGUGUUUUACAAGGCCCUGACCAGGAUGCUGGCUGCUGGUAUCCUGUCCAGUGGUACUACAACGGAGAUCGUACAGUACUACCAUAAAAAGACUCUGAGGCUGAUCCGGCGGGCCGUGCGACCAGACAGGGAGGACGGGGACCAUGUUCUCACCUACUACACCAAGGGAGCUCAUCUCAUAGGCCUGAAGAAGACAAUUGCCCAGAGCCAGAAGGUGAAGGAUAGCCCGUACUUGAGGUGUCCCAGCCUGAACGUGGCCUACACCUCCUGGGACCCCCGGCGCAUGACCCUGAACCCUGCGCAGAGGGCCAAAAUGGGCCGCGUGAAGUCUGUCAAGACCUGGAAGACCGCUGAGAUCGAGGAUCGCAUCAGACAACUGUCAAUCAAGCACCCCGGGAUGGAGAAAAUGGAGAUGAUCACGCCUGUGAAGAUGAAGGUGAACAUGUCCAUGAAGGAGAGGGACCACCUCACUUACAAUGAGAUCUACCAGAUAAAGCAGAUGUCCAAAUCAAGUCUGAAGGAGUACCUGAAGGACCUGACCCAGCUGAAGCGCAGGGACAUGUGGAACUCCUGGGGCUCCCUUCAGUGUUACUGCGCCCUCCACAGCCGAAAGGACUUCCCCAAAACCUUCACCACCUACUCCUGGUCCUGGAGCGGCUGUCGCAACAUGAUGGAGACUGGAGACCUGGACGCUCCCUGUAGGUCCGCCCUACGCCCCCAUGUAGCCAACCACUGGAGCCCUUCGCCAGGAAGCGGCGUGCCUCGUCCAAUCAGGGAGGCUAAAAAGAGAAGACCCUGGCGGCAACCCCGUUGACAGGAAGAGCAGUACACUGUAGAAAAGAGGAAUAACACCAAUAGCAAUCAUAACAAUACUGAUACGAUCAAUUACUUUAACCACAAAGAUCCCAGCCACUCCCACUUCCUCUGACCACAGUCUCCACUCCCCCACCCCUCCUGAUCCCAGUCUUCGACCAGAGCGGCUGUAGUUAUGAGUGCAACAACCCCCCAUGUUAUGUGUACAAACAGGACCGGCCCCCUAGCUGAUCUGUUGCUCUGGGCCUAACUUACAUUAGCCCGCCCCUGAGGCCCCAUGAGAGGGGG